AAAACUUCUAAAAUUUCUCAAAUCCUCUCUCUCUCUAUCUCUAUCUCUAUCUCUCUCGCUCUCAAUUCACUCUUUGGUUUAGGCAACGAUGAUGAAUUUCAAGAUUCAAAUCCUUCGUCGUCGUCUCAGAGCAAAGGUGGCUGAUGCUCGUGCUCCCAAAGUUGAAGAGCAAGUCCCGAUGCUGCUCGUUGAUGGAGAAGAAUUUGAUGAAGAUGAAAUUGAUGAAGUCGACGUUUCAUCUGAAGCGAGCGAGUGAAACUAUUGUUGGGGAAGAGGUUGCUGAAGAGAUUACUAAAGAGGUUGCGGAAGAGGUUGCUGAAGAGGUUGCUGAAGAGAUUGCUAAAGAGGUUGCUGUCUUGCCUGCAGGUUACAUGGCACAAAUGCACCAUGAAAGAGAGCUCAUGAACCGUAGGAAGACUGAUACUAGGAUUUUUGUGUCUCCUAGUUGGUUCAAUUAACCUUAUGCGUUGUAAUACUUAAGGUGUCAAUCCAAAUGGGAUGUUGCUAGCAAUCAAGAUGCAAUCAAGCAAUCACAAGUCAAGCCAGUUCAGAGAGUGAUUUUACGUCUAACAAUCCUAGAGUGAUCAAAAUGCAAAACUAGAAACGAAAAUGUAUGACAAGAAGCGAAAAUGAA